AUGGCGCAGGUCCUGCAGAUGCAAGCUGCGCCCGAGCUGGCCAAAACCCAAUUCGAGCAGAAGAUGGAGGCCCCCAGCGACCGAGAACCGCCCACGCCUGCGUCGCCAGACAGUGGCGAGGCAAGAGGCCGCCGCCGCGAUAGAGAAGAUUCGGGCGAAGACUGCGCUGAUGGCGAGACGGGAGGCUCGAGGAAGAGGAGGCGAAGCAGGAAGGGGCUGGAUAAGAAGUUCGAGUGCCCACACGAGGGCUGUGGCAAGAGCUAUUCACGCGCCGAGCAUCUGUACAGGCACCAGCUGAACCACAACCCCAAGCAGAUCUACAACUGCGACUUUCCAGACUGCCACAGGUCUUUCGUUCGCCAGGACCUUUGCGCGCGCCACAAAGAGCGCCAUACUGCACGCGGCAGCCAGCUCCUGCGCAAGGACACCUUCAACAUGCACAACCUGAAUCCCAUCGUCACAGCAGCACUCGGCACAAAGAGCACCCCUGGCACACAGCCGCUCAGCGCAAAGGGCCAAACGCAGCUGCAAUCGCCACCAUCCGCAGUAUCGAGCGUUGCGAAUGGAAGCCAGAUGUCGCCUCCCAACUUCCACUCUCCGGCCCCCAGUAUCAGCAGACAAGACUCGCUGAACAGGAUAGGAAGCGUGGGUAGUGAAGACGCCUACCGCGGCGGUCCCGACACUAAGCCCUACGAUAUGCAGACCCAGGGCUCUGGUAAUUUCGCACCACCACCACGCCCAGCCGCAUUGAGUAACUACAGUGGGGGCCGAACUUCGCUCCACAACUCCCCACAUGUGGGUAACAACAGCUUUCAACGGCCCGAACUGCGCACGUCGACCUCGAACCUCUCGUCGUACAGCACAGCAAGCUCGCCCUACAACUCGGCAGUCACGCCCACGCAGUCGUACACUCCUUCCGUAGCCUCGACGGCAUACCAGAACAAUUCAAGUGGGUUUCAGUCCCAGCAAAACUUUCCUCCUUUCCCUUCCUUACCUCCGCCAGAAUACCCUCAGCCAACAGGCACACCUGUAUCACAAGGUCAAGACAACCAGUACUACAACGGCACCUCUGGACAGACACCGAUGAAUGGUGUUGAGUCGACAGCGCAGUUGGAUGCACGCAUGAAUGGAGUCACAAAUGUCAUGAUGGACCAGACACCAUCAUAUGCUACCCCAAUGUUUGGCGGUGAAGGCUACAGUCGUUCUCCGUUUGCCAUGGCCGAUGACUUUGCAGCUUGGCUUUUCAAUGACAAUCAGUCACUGUCUGGAGGAGGUUCGCCCAUGGGUUAUCCAACUGGAGUAGUGCCCGCGAUUGGAGCCUCAUCUUCGAUUGGACCCUUACAAGUACCUUACUUCAGCUAUGACCCAUCAAUCGGAGGCUACACGAACACCCAGCCUCCACCGGCGAAUCCAAUGGCCGUACGCAGUAUGCUGGAUACGUCGUUGCCGGAGAUAGCGCUGUCCGAGGAAAAGCGCAGAGACUUGAUAGACCUCAUUGUUGGUCGUUUCAAUGAGCCCGACCAUGCACCUGUCAAGAAGCAGAAAGAGGAGAUCCUCGAGGGCAACAAAGACGAUGACCAUCACGUUCUCAGCUUACACAUGAUGCAGACUUAUAUCAGCUCGUACUGGAGACACUUUCAUCCCCAGCUUCCGAUCCUACACAAGCCCACCUUCAACGCUAGCACUUGUCCUGAUCUUCUCUUACUUGCCAUCAUGUGCCUUGGCGCAUCGUGCCUCGAAAAGACUUACGGCCACAAAGCGACACAAGCGUGCGCCAACCUAGCGAACUUUAUGGCUUGGCACCUGCGGUGGGAAAUGUUCAUGGAUGCUGAUUUCCGUCCGCCAGCCAAACUAUGGAUCUUCCAGGGUUUGCUCUUGCUAGAGUCAUUCGAGAAAAUGUACUCUACACGACCGCUGCACGAGCGGGCACAUAUCCAUCACGCUACAACCUUGACUCUCAUGCGAAGAGGUAGCUCUUUAAUAGGACGGUCGGCGAUGGACUCACCACCGAGCGCCAAAGACGGAAGGAGCGGCUCGCUGGGCGGAAUCGACACGCCAGAUGAGUGGUGGAAACAGUGGGUCACGAACGAGGCUACCAGGAGAGCAGCGUUUGCGGCUUUUGUUAUGGACAGUAUACAUGCAACAAUGUUCGGCCACAGCGCAGUCAUGGUUGCACACGAGAUGCGCCUACCGUUGCCCUGUGACGAAGCACUCUGGUCUGCCACGAGCAGCAGCGAAGUUGGUCGUGUCGAGGCAAGCUUGCACUCGAAUGGUGUCAAGCAAACUUCGUUCCUUGACGGACUGAAGAAGACGCUCAACGGCCAAAGCGUGCGCACAAACUCCUUCGGACGCACAAUCCUGAUGGCCGGUCUCCUCAGUGUUUCAUGGCAUAUGAACCAGCGAGACCUUCAAGUCAGCUCGCUUGGUGUCACUCAGGCUCUUGGUGGACGCGACAAAUGGCGGGGAUCCUUGACUCGUGCUUUCGAUUUCUGGAAGCAAGACUUUGAUAGCUCGCUUGCUCGACCAAACGACCAGUCUGCAUCCAAUGCAUAUGCGUAUGCAAACGGCGCAGACGAUGACAAUGUGUUUGAAGCACGUACCGUUCUGCACCACCUAGCGCACAUGGCAAUGCAUGUCGACAUUGUCGAUUGCCAAAUCUACGCUGGUGCACCCAGGCUUCUCGGCCGAUCCAUCACACCCCAAGACUACAACGGUGCCCAACGACGCAUGAAAGAGAUCUGGGCACCCACCGCUCGCGCUCGAGACGCAACCUUCUACGCCCUCCGCUUCCUCUCCAACGUCAUCAUCUCCGGACACCACAGCCUCAACCAGUCUGCUGGUAUGUCCAUCAGCUACUCGGCGCGCGACGACGUCCUACUCAAUCGACCUUGGGUCUUGUACUUCGCUACACUGAUCGUAUGGUCAUAUGGCUUCGCUCUCGAUGGCCCGAUCAAGCAGCCUUACCAGCUCACUACGUAUGACGAGAAGGUCCGGGAUAUGAGCGGCUACUUGAAACGUGUUGGUGGAGUAAGAGCGCCGGAUGAUCUCGCGAAACUUACCGAUCGCAAUGCAUGCCUCGGUCUAUUAAUUGUCAUGCGCGACAUGUUCAGAAAGACGCGGUGGGAGCUGCUGCACGAGGCGAGUACACUCCUGACAAAGUGCAUCGAGAUGCUAGUCCCUGGCGCUGGAGAAAUGUGA